CCGAAAGGCCGGGGCGGGCGCGGGGCCGCGCCCCGAUCGGGCACCCAGCGGCGUCGGCCCCGAGGGCUGCACCAGCCCGCCGUACCUGUGCGGGAGGAGGGCGGCGGUGCCGCGCCAGCCCCCGGCCCCCCGCCCGCCGCGGUUCCCCCGCCGCCCCUCAGCCGCCCGCCUUGCGGCCAGCGGGGCCCAGCACCGGCCCGCCCCGGGCCUGAGGCGAGGGCGGCCGCCGCGCGGCUCAACAGCCGCCCCCGCGCUCCGCGGCUUCCCGGGGGCUGGAGGCGCCCCAGCCCCGGCCUCGCCCCUCCUCCGGCCGCCCGCAGGUGAGGCCGGCCCCGGGGCGGUGCUGCCGCGGCCCGCACGCCGUGUCUCGGCCGGGAGGAGCACCUGUGGUGCCUGCCAGCCGCCGCCAGAUAAUCUGUUGGCCUGUUAAGCAGUCUAUAGGCUGAAUGAGUGCUCAACUUCUUUUCACCUGAUCUUUGACUUCUGCAAGUCCAACCUAGGUGGCUGGAUGCAGGAGUAAAGCUUCUCAUGGAGCAGUAGUCAGAGACAUUGAAGGGUUGACCCAAGGGCUAUUUCAUCCUGCAAGAAAUCAGUUAGCAAGAUCUGCAUAGACUUGUUCCUAAGGGAAAACAUGUCUGAGAUUGACUAUGAGAAGUUAGCUGAAAUAGAACUGCAGAAAGAUGAAGCAGAAGAUACACAGUCAGAACAGGGAGAAACAUUUAUGCCACCACUGCUUAUGGAUCCUGAGCUAAAUAUCAAUCACCCCUACUAUGAUGUUGCGAGACAUGGCAUCAUCCAGUUAGCAGGUGAUGACAAUUCUGGAAGGAAGGUGAUCACCUUCAGUUGCUGCCGUAUGCCCCCCUCGCAUCAGCUCAAUCACACCAGAUUGCUCGAGUACUUAAAGUAUACUCUGGACCAGUAUGUAGAGAAUGACUAUACAGUUGUCUACUUUCAUUAUGGCCUGAAGAGUCUGAAUAAACCAUCCCUGAAAUGGUUACAAACAGCCUACAAAGAAUUUGACAGGAAGUAUAAGAAAAACCUUAAAGCACUCUAUGUUGUACAUCCGACCAACUUCAUAAAAAUUCUGUGGAAUAUCUUUAAACCUCUUAUAAGCCAUAAGUUUGGGAAAAAAAUCACCUACUUGAACUAUUUAAGUGACCUGAGAGAGCAUCUCAAAUAUGACCAGCUAAAUAUCCCUCAAGAAGUCAUCCGACAUGAUGAAAAUCUUCGGGGGAAACAGAAGGGAAAACUGCCAUCUGUGGUUAAGGUUCCUCCACCACGGCCACCUCUACCUACUCAGCAAUUUGGAGUCAGCCUGCAAUAUAUCAAGGACAAAAAUAAAGGCGAACCAAUCCCCCCAGUAAUGAAGGAAACUGUGUCCUACCUAAAAAGAAAAGGACUACAAGUAGAGGGCCUCUUCAGAAGGUCAGCUAGCAUCCAGACUAUCAAAGAUGUUCAGAAACUCUACAAUCAGGGCAAGUCUGUGAAUUUUGAUGAUUAUCAUGAUAUCCAUGUUCCUGCUGUUAUCCUAAAGACUUUCCUUAGGGAACUCCCUCAGCCAUUACUAACGUUUGAGUGUUAUGAUCAUAUCCUUGGAAUCACCAGUGUGGAGAGCAGUUUACGAGUCACCAGAUGUAAACAAAUCAUCCAAGAACUUCCUGAACACAAUUAUGUUGUUCUGAAAUAUCUGAUAUGCUUUCUCCAUAUGGUUUCACAGGAGAGCAUAUAUAACAGAAUGACAGCAUCCAGCUUGGCCUGUGUCUUUGGCUUGAAUUUGAUAUGGCCAUCGAAAGGAACAACUUCCCUGAGUGCUCUGGUACCUCUGAAUCUCUUCACUGAACUACUGAUAGAUUUCUACACGAAUAUAUUCAACUCCCGAACAGUGCCUGAUGAGAUCCUGCCUUAAUGCUUCCAGACAGGAAAAGGGAGUCUGGCUGCCUGAGGGGAAGGUCUCCAUGCUUCAGCUGGUGGGAGCUUUUAAUUCAGGUCUCUCUCUUGCAAAGAAAACAUUCAAUACAGAGUAAAGUUUAUGUAGCUUUCUAAAUACCAAAGAUUUUGAGAGAAGCACACAGCCCCAUAUAUUCUCAUCACAUGGGGGAGCAUAUGUACGUGAACAUUCAAAGGCCAAUAGGUCAAAGUGAAUCCACUUAUUAAACUUGAGCAGCUGACAAAACCUGGUAUGUUCAAAAAAAUCAUGACACUAUGUUGCCAGUCUGUCAUUUCUUUGGGAUUCUGGAGACCUUACUAUGUGGCACUAUUUUUUGCAUGAGCAGAGCAAAGUUCUGGACCACUCCUGAAUAUACAGCUUUCUUCCUUUGUUGUUUUUUUUGUUGGUUUUUUUUUUUUUAAUUUGAAUACAAGUUUGUUAGAAAUUUCCCUAUUAAGUUAAUAAAGGUGGAAUUAAUUUUGAAGGUACUAAAAUUUCUAAACUCUUCUUCCAUAUAUUUAAGUGCCUUGUUUUACACAAAAAGAUGUGAGCAGUUGUGACACAUCAGGUUUGCAAUUACCAUGGAGAAUAAAGUGUUUCCUGGAUAAUUUGAGUUGUGCAGACAGCUAACUAAUUAUGCUUGCAAAUAUCUAAUAUAUGCAGUUAAUCACUGUAUCUGCACAUGCAAAGUGUGUGGAAGGGUUUUUUUUCUUAUAAGUUCAAAUUGGGAGCAGUAAUGGUUUUUUUCCUCUGGAUGCUUGGAAUUUUCAUCAGUGGAGUUCUAUCAGUAAGUGCAUAGUACAGAAUAUAGACUAACUUUGUGAAGAGUACCCCUGAUGUUUGGGCUGCAUACUUUUGUAGUUUGAGUUGAUUGAGUUGCUCUUCAAAUCAGUUUCUCUAGAAAGCAGUAAGAGUAACAACUUGGAUAAUAUACCUAAUACCAGUUUUACACAUUGAAAGUCUGUUUUGUAGAUAUGCGAAUAAUUAGCCAAUAUAAAGGUAGAAUUAUCAGUAUUUUCUUCUGACUAUGCCAUUAAUAUCGCUUGUAUUUGAUGAACUCUUAACGCAGUGCUAUUUCAUGGUUUAACACUUGAUUGGUAACAGUUAUAUGUUUUUAUAUAUAUAUAUAUAUAUAUAUAUUUAUCAUAGCUGCCUGCAAAGCAAAAGAAAAUUAACCAGUGGUAAAAAAAGUAGUAUUUUCCCUAAUGCUCUGGUCUUUUUGAUUCUGUACAAAGCAAAUGAAACAGAGGGACUAUUUAGACUUCAGUAAAAUUAAUAGUCUCAGGAGAACAAUUUAGGCAUCUCCUCCUCUGCAAACACAGAGCCACUUUUUAUCCCGUAGGUUCUAGCAAGUUGAGGGUUUGUACUUCUGGCCAAAAUCUCAGCAGUUACAAAUUGUCUGUCUGUGUAAAGGGUGCAACACAAUCUUAUUGCAGAGGGUGGAGAGGAUUCAUUCUUGUCAGCAAUUUCAGGAAAUAACCAAGUGUUCAGAAGGCUCUGGAAUGCUCUAUGUGCCAGGCUUUCAUUUGCCCAGUAGGUGUCAUCUAUAGCAUUAGGCAAUGAUUAAAAUUUGAAAAAUACAGAGGCUUUAGAAAAAGGUGUGUGGAAAGGACCCAUCUCAUGUCACAGUUGUGUUUUCCCCGCUUCCUCAAGUGUCUUAAAGACAACUUUUUGGCUUUUGAAUAUCUUUAACUAAUAACCACCCAUGACUCCCAUUUAAAUAUAAAAUCUUGCAUAGUACACAGAGAGUAAUUAAUAAGUAUUCAUGAUUGUUCCAUUUGAGCAAAAUGAGAUUGCCAGGGAUAAAACUGUUGUAGUUUUGUAUUGCAACUUACUGUUUUUACAUCUGAGUUACCAGUGACAGCACCUCAGCCUUGUUGUAUUAUAAAACCAAAUACAAUUACGUUCAAUACUGCUCAGUGACUUGGCAGUAUGGUUCUGUGCAUCAGCACCCUGUUCUUAUAGGAGAGGAGUAUGGCCUCUGGGAAUUAACAAAACCUAAGUAUUUUGCCACUUGCUGACCUUGGUCAAAAUACAUACAUGUUAGUUUUGCUGUCUGUAAAAAGAAGGAGCACCUGGCAUUAGAGAAAAGCUUUGCGAUUAAAUGCUGGUAGGUCCUAUAAAAUGGUUGUUUUCCAUUUCCUCAUGUCCUCUUCCAUAAAUCUGGCAACAUCAAAUGGCAUUUGGUCUUCAGGCUACACUGCGUAAUGGGAAUGUGAGUCCUGAACAGUUUUAGCACAGUAACAUACCCAAGCCCUGUGGGGUGAAAUCCUGAGUUUGUAGAAGUCAGCUUUGCUCAAAAAGUCUCCAGAGCCAGGGAGGGGUCUCCCUCAUGGAUUUAGUUCUCCAACUCACCCAAAGUUGGGAGAGAGCAGGAAUUUGGCAGCAGCAGUUGUGUUGGUGAAGUGAGCCCUCAGGGCAGGGCUGCUUCUGACCCCUUCACUUUUGCGACUAUAAGUACAAGAAAGGAGCAUCCCUUCAGCUAAUUUGCCUGCCUGUAGAUGAUACUUGAAACCUGACUCACGCUUUCAGUAUUGGUCAUACACCAAACUGCAGGUCUUCCUUUUAGUGCUUUGUAAACUACCAUUUUCCAGCAAUUUCUAGCUCUGCUCAUUUAGUGAAUGAAGAACAAAAUGGCGUUUUCUCAUCUCAAGGUGCCGCCUUCUUCUAAAGGACAGACACCUGUUAUUUGCCAGUGUGGGUAACUGGUGCUUAAGAAAAGCAGAGGCUCUGGUUCCGAUUGCCAUUAGCACUGGUGGGGGCUAGAGGGAGGCAGGGGGACGGGGACUCCCGCUCCCCUUUAUCUUCCUGCCUCCCCAGCAGGCAGCCCGAGACAGAAAUAAGGAAGGUACUCACGUCCACCCCAGCCCUUCCCUGCAACCCUGCCUGUCACAGGGAAGGGACUUGCCCGGAUCAAAGGUACCUGGGUAACAAAACCCUCCUAGAGAUGAGAUCCCAGCUCUGUCCCCCCCGGACCCCAAAGGAACUGGUGAAAUCGUUCACAUCUGCAGCAGAAGCCCCCGAUCUCUGUCCUGAGUGCCAGACUUAACUAUGACAUUAAAUCAGCUCUCAUGAAUUAUUCAGAAGGGUUUGGAGUGAAAUUCAUGUUAGAGAAAUAUAUGUUUCAAAUUUCCUGACUCUAAGAGGAGUCCUGGAGGUGUCCCCUGCAGUUACUUUGAUAACAGUUUCUCUUUACAAAUGAUAAUUGCACGAUUCCAGCUUUUGUACAGUGUGGCCUUGUGAACUCUUCUCUUGUACCAAAGAACAAUUUUCAGAUCAUUUCCAUAGCAAAAAGAAAGUGAUUAUGGAGAUAAUCUGUUGGAAACACACAUGCUGAAUUUCAGUUUAAAACAAUAAAAUGCAGUCGUGGAAUGAGAAAUCAAGUGUUACCUAACUGACAAUAUACAGAGAAUAAAUUGCCUAAGCAUUUUAGUUUACUGAGCUGUUAGGAGUUGAAAAUUGGUCCCAAGACUAGUCUGAUUAUCAGGAUGCCUCUAGUAACAAGUGCCAAAGGGGGAAGGGAAUACUUUUCUACCCUGAAUCUAUGAAGAAAUGGAAGAAGAUUGAACAAUGUCAUUAACCGAGGGGGGUCUUUACAGUUCUUGGAAAAAACUUCCAUAAAUGAUAUCGCACGUGUGCAGAUGAUCUGUCUGUCUGUGUGCGUUGCGCUCCUUGAGCAGCAUCCAUCACAGAAUCUCUCAGAACCUUAUAAAUUCACUCGUGAGGAGACUAAUAAUAGAAAAGCCCCAGAUGUUUUAGUCACGUGUUCAAUAUGUACUUAGGUGGCAAGUUGAACCUUUAAUAGGUUUGAUGGCACAGUCACCCAUCACACCCCCCCUUCAUUUCCUGAAUAGUUUAUCUAUACAACCUUGGAAAAACGUAGGUUUGCCAACACUCCCACUUUUCAAGUGGCCACGGGGGUGUUGGGGCACAGGGUAAGAAAGAGGGAGUUCCUGCCAGCACCUGUAAUUUGUGAAGUGAGAUGCUCACGUUCCCUUGAAGCUCUGCUGGCCACCGGUCCCCUUCCUGCUCAUACUCUAUUCAUAAUUUCUUACAUGUUUUUACCUACAAAGAGAAGUCAGAAGCAAACAUACCCUGCUUUAAGUAGGCACAUCUCCAUUGAAGCCAAAGGUAUGACUAUGAAACCUAUGUAAGUCCUGUGUUAAAUGAUACAUGUGGCCAACAUAUACAAACGGUGUUCUGCCUUUCCUGUUGGAGUAAAAUACUCAUUUUCACGAUUUGAAGAGUUUGAUUUUAGUCUUUAUCCAUGCAUAUCACAGAAAGCUAAUUUUGAUGCAUUGCACCUAAUGUAGCAAAGUUUACUUUUUUUUGUAAA